CUUCUACCAUAUAUUUUACUCCUAUUGUUAGCUGGGACCAGCUAGGCGAUCCCUUUCCAACAUAGACAGACUCAUUCCAACCACCUCCAUCACGAUCAUCAAGGGUUUUGUGGUAAGAUAAGGUCCAACCGCCAGGCUAGGCUAGGCCAAGGCUGGUUUCACGAGGCUCGGAUGGCUGUUCCCAUGCAAGCAUUGUACAUUUUGAAUCCAACGUCACCAUGAGUCCAUUACAACUCCCUCAAGACUCUCGUGUCUACGUCAAGGAAAUCCCAGGCUGUGGACGUGGCACCUUUGCUUCAACUCAUCUCGAUGCCGGAUGCCAAAUUCUGCAAAUCCCCCAACCUUUGGUUCUCAUACUUGACGUUGCCAACAUCAGCAGAUACUGCGACUACUGCUACCGGUCUCCGUAUGACCAGACUACAUUUGCCGGUCAAGAUACAAUCCUGAAAUUGGUCAGGUGCAAGGCCUGCAAGACCGUCCGAUACUGUGGCCAGCUGUGCCAAAGAAAAGCCUGGGAUGAAUACCACAAACACGAGUGCAGGGUCUAUGCCUCGCAACCAAGCGUCUUGCCAACCACCAAUCGAGCACUGCUGCGUCUCUUACGACGCCACGAAUCUCACCUGUUGACGAAAGAGAGCUGGGACAGUUUUGAAGCCAUGGAACACCAUUACAGCCAAGUGCGGGCAAUUGGUGGACAGACCUGGAACGACUUUUGCCUCAUCGCCCAAAAGCUGAGAAGCGACUCCGCAACUGAUCUCUCCCUUGACAAGCUUGUCUUGUUUGUCUGUCGCGUCGCAUGCAAUAGCUUCACCAUGAUCACUCCCCUCCUGGAACCCAUUGGACUUGCACUCGACCCUCAGGCAGCCCUCCUCAACCAUUCCUGUGACCCGAAUGCCUUUGUCCGCUUUGAUAUAGCACCGCCCUCUGCCGCCCUGACGCCCUCUUCUUACGGCGCCUUGACCAUCAUAAGUCUGCGCCCCGUUGCCCCACACGAGCAAGUGACUAUUGCAUACAUUGAUCCUACGAAUCCUACCCCUCAACGACAGCGCGAGUUGAAAGCCCGUUACCAUUUCCAGUGCCGCUGUCCCUUCUGUCUGCGUGAGCGAGGAGCUUUCCAUGGGCGGGAAUGCCCAACAUCGGCCAUGGCGGAGCUUGAUCAUACAACACAAGACAGCAUAACACAGCUUCGAGAAUCAGCCCAACAAUGUUUGCGUCAGGUCCAAGUCGGAGAUGAAGGCAAACACGUGGACAGCCUUAGAGCCUCAAUGUCCGACUUGGCCCGCUCCAACAGCUUCCAAAUCCACCAUUAUCCAUGGCCCCAGCUACGUAAGCAAAUGCUUGUGGGGCUCCUCCAAAUUGAAAGCUUUGAAAAUGCCUUUAUUCAAUGCUCUAUUCUGGUGCGGAAAGUUCACCCACUUCUGUACAGGGAUGAAGUCCAUCCUGUGCGUCUGGUUGAGCUGUGGACGUUGUCACAGAUAGGCCUGCACCUCAUGGACAUCAAUAGGAAUGUCCUCUAUGUUAUCUUCGCUGCAAUGCAACUUCUCCAGACCCUGCUAAGUCGAGGCGAAAGAGCCACUGGACAAUUUGAGGUGAUGGUCGACAUGAUGAUAAAUAAAUUGAAGCUCCAGCAACACUUAUGGAGGAAUUUUAUCAAAGACCCAGGGAGGCCCUGGCUGUGGCUCGACAGGCUGAUCGAGGCCAAUCUAGGCAAAGAAGCUGCACGGGAAGAGGGUUCGACUUUGCUCUCAGACAGUCUGAGCUGACCGUAAGACCCCUUACGAGGCUAAAGAUCAACACUCUUGGUCUUGUUCGGCCCCACGAUGCUAAAAAAAGUGUCUUUGUUUCGGGCUUAACCCAAGUCAAUACGGUACCCAAUGGAAUCCAAACCCCCGCCCGAAAAGGCCAAGGGGCCGAGGGGCUUGUAAGCUAGCACGGCUAGGCUGCAAU